GGAAAACAGACGCGGUUUCUUUUUGUCACGUGACCACCUCCUCAAGUUGGUGACGUCGCAGAACAACAAAAAUGGCAGGACUAGGAAGCAGCAACUACUGGGAAGAUUUGAGGAAGCAGGCUAGGCAGUUGGAAAAUGAACUGGACCUGAAGCUGGUCUCAUUCAGUAAACUGUGCACCAGCUACAGCAGCUCCAGGGAUGGACGUCGAGGAGACACCUCGGAUACCACCCCACUUCUCAACAACUCCACUCAGGACAGGAUGUUUGACACCAUGUCCGUGGAGAUCGAGCAGCUUUUAGCCAAACUUACUGCCGUCAACGAUAAGAUGGCAGAGUACACUAACACACCGGGCACAGCUUCUCUGAAUGCUGCCCUCAUGCACACCCUCCAGAGACACAGAGACAUUCUGCAGGAUUACACUCAUGAAUUCCACAAAACCAAGGGCAACUUUCUGGCCAUUCGAGAAAGAGAAGACCUCCUAGGUUCUGUCAGAAAAGACAUUGAGACAUACAAGAGUGGCUCUGGGGUCAACAACAGAAGAACCGAGCUGUUUCUAAAGGAGCAUGAACAUCUAAGAAACUCAGACCGACUAAUGGACGACACUAUAAGCAUUGCCAUGGCCACCAAGGAGAACAUGACUUCUCAAAGGAGCAUUCUGAAAUCCAUACAGAGCAGGGUCAACACACUGGCCAAUCGUUUUCCAGCUAUCAACAGUCUCAUCCAGCGAAUCAACCUGCGGAAGAGAAGAGACUCUCUCAUCCUUGGCACUGUGAUUGGCGUCUGCACCAUUCUCCUCCUCCUUUAUGCAUUUCACUAAAAAACCUGGAUAGAUGCAUUCAGUAAAGACGCAAGACUGAGCCAAGGACGCUUUUCAUAGGCUGAGCUCAAACUUUGAAGGACUACAGAGGUUGUGAGGCAGAAGGACUCUUGUACAGUCCAGUCCUGGGACAGAAAUUAACCGUGCUAAAGAGCUGCUGCAGAACUUGUAGCAGCGGGACAGAUGAAGGGCUGGUGGCUUGGAAUUCUUCUGCUUUGGUCUCCUAAUAAGAUAAAAUGUAAAAACAGAAAAGAAGAGGGAUACAUGAAUAAUUUACUUGGAGAAAAAUGGUUUCUGGAGUAACUAUGGCGUAAAGUGUUUCUUCUUUUUAUGGUUCUUACUGAUGGAGAGGGAUGAUGGUUUGUCAACUGUAAAAUUGAAAUGAACAAGUCUUCUCAUCUUAUCAUAAGUAACAUAAAAAAGUGUAUAACUCUGUUAUUGUUUAAUGUACAGUAAAUGAUAAACUGAGCGCCAUCUUCAGAGCCACGUCAUUUCUGAGGAGGUUUCAGAGGAUGAAGGUGGAGAUGGAUUCAAGCUGCUGAAUCCUCGGCCUCCACUUCCACAUCUGGAAGGCUCCUUAGAUAUGCUUGAAAUAAUUUCAACACAUUGAUCCAGACAGUUUUGACUAUGAAUAAAAGCUAUUUUAAUAAAAAGAAUAUGAAAGUGUUCUGUGAAA